UGGAGCAGCUAAUUCGAAUGAUGGAUUUUUUCGGAGAAACGCCGGGUUUGGCAGGGUCUCGGUUCCAGAAGCUCCAUGGAAGAUCAGACUGCGAUAGGAAGUGGAGCGAAUUAACUAGUACGCUGAAUUGCCUUGGUGGUGCUGUGAAAAGCGUCGAACAAUGGCGCACGGUAUGGAGGGAUCUGAAAAGCCGUACCAGCAUCAAGGUCCGAGACCGGAAAAGAAAGCGGGCAGUGACAGGAAACAGUCCAAUUGAUGAGGAGCCACUCACCGAAUUGGAGAGACGAGUCAUUGCCCUUAUAGGUAAUGACUAUGUCCAGGGCCACGAAAACGUUCCUGAAACAGUGCCUAUAGAGGAGGAACUGCAACUUCGAUUAGAGGAGGGUGAAGAAAGCAUAGUUAUCGAGAUGCCUUCAUUUUCAAAUGGGGUCAAUUUGGAAAUGCAUGCAUCGACUCCUGCGACUCAAGCCUCAAAAACUCCACGUAGAGGUAGUAGGAGAAGACGUGUGGAAGAUAUGAGCGAUACUCGAAACGCAUUUUUAGAAAUUGCGCAAACACAAGCGAAUGCUUUAAAAGUAAGUAUUUCUGCAUUUGGAACACAUCUAGAAUAUGUUUUCAUAUGUUGUUAG